AUGCAAGUUUUUCUUUAUUUCCUCCUGUUCUUAUUCCCCGUGUGCUACUGCUGUAACAAUACGAACACCUGGGUUAUUCUGGAGAACAUAGAUGACUCAUCAACACUCCCCGCAUUCGACUAUCAAAAUGACACUUUCUGUGUCUCUACGAAAGACAUGACAAACGGAAUGGCUUUGUAUAUGACCACAAAAUUAACUGAUCCCAAGGAGAAGGGUAGUUUUGAGCAACUAGGUUACAACAGUUUUGGUAUGGACUUAUUAGAAAACGAUUAA